AUGGAGAAUGACCAUAUCGACGAAAUGGACAUUGAAGUCCUUUCUUCAAUGUGGCCUGAAGAUAUAAACGAAGCUGGAAAGCAAUUUAACAUAGAAAAACCAGGAGUUGAUCAAGAUAUGUUGGAGGAUAUUACUCUCAUGGAGGAGCCUACCAUAGUUGAUUUCAAGCGUCUCUUAGAGCUAACCAACUACAGUGAGAAGGGCUCCUCUCAGUUGGCUUAUCUUGUCAAAAACUGGGAAUAUAAGCAAGCCAAUGCUGUACGACUUCUUAGAGAAGAGCUGGACCACCUUAACAGACAACAGCAAGAAGUUGAGCUCAAGAAAUUGGAGAUAUUGGAGGAGCAUCGUUUUGAGGAAGAAGGAUACGGUGGCGAUAAGCGUCCAAUUUCUGUUAUGGACGAAAUUUAUGAUAUAUGGCAAGAUGUUCCUCGCAGGAGAAAUGAUGUUGUAGUUCAAGAUAAGAGACUGGAAAUAGAUGCCGAGUAUGACACUGUUGUAUACUGGAAGCAGCAUGCUAUGCGGUUAGAGAAACUAUUGGAGGCAAGCAUCCAGCGAGAGCAGGUACUGCUUGAGAAAUUGCAGGAAAGCAUAGAAAAUCUGGAAAGGCAGUCGUCACCAGUGGAGGAAUUGUCCCAGAUUUUGAAACGAGCAGAUAAUUUCUUACAUUUUGUUCUUCAAAAUGCACCAGUUGUUAUCGGCCAUCAGGUAAUUUUGGACAGAUGUGGUUUAUGUCUACAGCUUGCUACUUUGGCCUAA